UGUAUUAUAUUCGACAUGCAAAUCAGUUAAACUUUUGUGCUAUUUAAUGUACUCUAUAUUUUUAUUAACUAAGUACUUUUAAACUACGAAUUUACAAAAUAAUAAUAUAUAUAUAUUAAUUACACUCAAUAUGAAUAAAGAUGACACACUCUCUUCCUGUCUACAGGAGAGCCUUGUUGUUGUUCCAGAUUCUACAGUGAGCUCUACUCGUCGAAAUUUAAAAGAAACCGUUCCAAAAACUUUACAUGAAAUUGGUUUUCGUAACUCAAUUCCUAAUUGGAGCGAGACUUUAAAACAUCGUGAUUUUGAUACUUAUGAUAAAUUAUCAACUGUUUUUAAAGAUACAUCCAAUGGUGAUGUCAAUAUCAAAAUAGGAAACUGUGCAUUCAAAUGUCACAAAAUGAUUCUCAGAGCUUAUUCUAAUUUCUUUAAGGAUCGCCCUAGUGUUACAACUCUGGAGUUGCCAGAUGAUAUCAUAAGUCCUGGAGCUUUUCAGGUGUUAUACUACUGGAUGGUUGAUAAAAGCAGAAAGAUUGAAUGUGAUGGAGUUAUGGAAGUAAUAAAAGCAGCAAUAUACUUCGAAGUUCCAUUAUUGAUAGAGACCUGUUGGAAAAUUUUUAGCAAUGAGGAAUAUUUUACCGAAGACGUAGCUUUUUUUGCAUUCUUUCAAGCACGCUCUUACGACUUUCCGGAGCUUAAAGAAGUUAUGCUAAAACGUGUACGUAAAUUUUAUCUGCAUUUAACAUGCACUGCAGAGUUCCUCUUUUUAACUGUUGAAGAAUUGAAAUUUUUAAUCUCAUCCAAUUACAUUGAGGUAAAUAUGGAAAGUGAAGUUUUCUUUUCCGUUGUACGUUGGCUGGAUCACUGUUGGGAAGAACGGAGUAUUUAUUUAGUAUCAUUAAUGCAAUGUGUACGCUUUACUAUAAUGCCACCAUCAUUUUUGUUGUAUUUAUCCCGUGGUGGUGAUUGCGAAGAAGUCCGAAAAAUUGUCCAAAAUGAAGAUGUUGACGUAAUAAUAAAACGUGCCUUAGAGUUUUUUGCAGCUACAGAAUCAUGCCCAGUUUCGGAAUUACGUCUGUUAUUAGUACAUUUAAAUUUACCUUACAGACCACGUAAUUGGAUUUUUGACCCGCUUUGUAAUUAUCAUCACAGAAGCGACUGUACUAAAAAAAAAGAAUUAACAUAUUGUACUUAUCUAAGUUAUUUAGAAAGAUUACAAAACGCUUCACCAAACUAUUGGAAUACGUAUAUUGAUGCCAAUGAUCCAAGAGCUCGAUGUUGUUAUAAGAAAAAACACCAUAACAGUGAAAAUGAAACAACCACUUCUACUAACAUAAACUGGUCGGAUUUGAAUUCAGACAAUGAUGAUUUCACUACAAUGGCUACAUCAAGUACAGAUGGUACAUCUGGAAAAACUGGAACAAGCGCUUUAAGAAAUGAUCGUAAACUUAAUCGUUCUAAUAGUCUGUCUAAUGAGCAGUCUUCCUCGAGCUCUUCGAAAUCUUCUACCAAAUGUCGUGGUAGACGAUAUCAUUAAUCAGUUCUUGAUUGUGAAGGAAUAUGUUGAAUUUGAGAGGGCGACUUAUAUUAAUUUUUUUUAUAUUUUAGCUAUAGAAUUGUAUUAAUGGAAACAAAAUGGAGAUGUUAUUUUUAACGAAUAUUUUUUUAAUAAAACGACAACACAAUGCAGCUCCUGCUAUGUGCAGAUACAUAGAUGACUUAUAACCUUUGAACGAUGCGGAAGAAUCUUUAAUAACUUGAUUUUUUGUUAUAAAUCAAAUAUUAUUUAUUUUAAAAUUUGGCUUAUGUAAUCCAUUAUCAAUCUAAGAUGCGAAAUUUAGUAAAAAAAGCUGAUAUUGAAGGUUUUAAAUAAAAGUAAAGCUCUUAAAAUAUCCAUGUUAAGCGUUUCUGUUAUGUUGAUUAAGAGCACUAUUAAUAAUAAGCGUCAAAUAAGUGUCGCUGACUAAUUUCUCCAGAUGUGACUUACAGAGACCAGUGGCAAAAAUGUAUAUUGACAUCAAUGUGGUAGCUUAUAGACAAAAAUUUUAUCGUGCCAAAUACUGGGGAAUAAUUAACUGGAUAUAUUUUUGUUUUGCUGUGAUAUUUUUGAAAGCUUAAACAACUGUUAUAAAUACAUUUUACGUGUAUGAAUUCUUCUGAAGUAAUAAUAUGUUUAAUAAUAGUACCAUUAUGAUUCUGGCAACCAAUAACAUAGUCGCAAAACUAUGUUUAUUCUAUUUAUACUGAUAUCAAAUAACUAUUUCAAUCUUA